CAGGUCGGUGCGGCCCGCGGCCGGUUCGCUGCCACGCCCGGGGCGCGGCGCGCGCGGAGCCGCAACCAUGCUGUUCUGGCACACGCAGCCCGAGCACUACAACCAGCACAACUCCGGCAGCUACCUGCGGGACUUGACUAGUGCUCUUCAGAGGGACAACGACGUGCUCGCCCUGCCCAUCUUCAAGCAAGAGGAGCCGCAGCUGUCCCCUGAGAACGAGGCCCGCCUGCCGCCUCUGCAGUAUGUCUUGUGUGCUGCCACGUCCCCUGCCGUGAAGCUGCAUGAGGAGACCCUGACCUAUCUCAACCAAGGUCAGUCCUAUGAAAUCCGGCUGCUGGAGAACCGGAAGCUGGGAGACUUUCAAGAUCUGAACACAAAAUAUGUCAAGAGCAUCAUCCGAGUGGUUUUCCAUGACCGCCGGCUGCAGUACACGGAGCACCAGCAGCUGGAAGGAUGGCGGUGGAGCCGGCCCGGGGACCGCAUCCUGGACAUCGAUAUUCCACUGUCUGUUGGUAUCUUGGACCCCAGGGCCAGCCCAACCCAGCUGAACGCUGUUGAGUUUUUGUGGGACCCUUCGAAGAGAGCCUCUGCGUUCAUCCAGGUGCACUGCAUCAGCACAGAAUUCACCCCGAGGAAGCACGGGGGCGAGAAGGGAGUGCCUUUCCGGGUACAGAUCGAUACAUUCAAGCAGAACGAGAACGGGGAGUACGCGGCACACUUGCACUCUGCCAGCUGCCAGAUCAAGGUGUUCAAGCCCAAGGGAGCCGACCGGAAACAGAAGACCGACCGGGAAAAGAUGGAGAAGAGGACUGCCCAGGAGAAGGAGAAGUACCAGCCGUCCUACGAGAGCACCAUUCUCACCGAGUGCUCCCCGUGGCCCGAGAUGGCCUACCAGGUGAACAGCGCCCCGUCCCCCAGCUACAAUGGUUCUCCAAACAGUUUUGGCCUCGGCGAAGGGAACAGCUCUCCGACCCACCCAGUGGAGCCCCUGCCCUUAGGCAGUGACCACCUGGCCCCGUCGGCCUCCAUCCAGGACGCCCAGCAGUGGCUGCGCCGCAACAGGUUCUCCCAGUUCUGCCGGCUCUUCGCCAGCUUCUCUGGUGCUGACUUGCUGAAGAUGUCUCGUGAUGAUUUGGUCCAGAUCUGCGGCCCCGCAGAUGGGAUCCGGCUCUUCAAUGCCAUCAAAGGCCGGAAUGUGAGGCCAAAGAUGACGAUAUACGUCUGCCAGGAGCUGGAGCAGAACCGAGCACCUUUGCAGCAGAAGCGGGAUGGGGGUGGGGACAGCAGUCUGUGCGUGUACCAUGCGAUCUUCCUGGAGGAGCUGACCACCUUGGAGCUGGUGGAGAAGAUUGCCAACCUGUACAGCAUCUCCCCCCAGCACAUCCACCGCGUGUACAGGCAGGGCCCCACGGGCAUCCACGUGGUGGUGAGCAAUGAGAUGGUGCAGAAUUUCCAAGAUGAGUCUUGUUUUAUCCUCAGUACCUUGAAAGCUGAGAGCAACGAUGGCUACCACAUCAUCCUGAAAUGCGGCCUCUGAGCAGAUGUAGAGUGUGUGAAGUAGGGCCUCCCCUCCCCCUCCCAGCCCCACGGACUCCCUUGGAUGUAGAAACUGCACCACCGUCUGCCUGGCAAGCUGCGGCUCGGAGGGAUGUGGCCUAGUAACCAGCAGAACCCCGCGGACGCAGUCUCUGGUGUACGGAGAGCCAACGGCUCCUCUCUCCCUUCCUCCCAGCCUCCAGCUUUGGAAUGUUCCUUGUCCUUUUCUCCCAGCGCUGCGGUCCUAAAGAGGCAUAUGGCAAGGGGCACCUUCUCUGAAACCCCUCGCUCCCUUGUUGGGCGCCAGUUCGCUGCAUAUCUCGGGGCCUUCUGACCGUUCCCCCUGCCUCCAGGGAAGGCCAUGCCCCCCCCUGACCUUCACCUUUUCUGGUGACCGGCCCCGUGACCGGGAGUGCUGACUGGGUGCGGGUGCUUUGCCACCGUUCUGCCUUCAUGUUGGUUUCCCUUCUGCGCGACCCUGGUGGGCAUCCGUCCUUCUGCUUCUUGGACGGAUUGGCAAGAAGGGGAUUUAUUCUGUGCCUUCUGCGUCCUUCACCUUGACUGCCUUUCUAAGGACCUGCUUUUGCAGUGCCCGGCGAGGGUCUCUGCGUUGGUAAUGCUGGUGGAGCACCAGCCCCGGAGACCUAGGUCUCUGCCCUUGGGAGGAAGAAGGAGAGGAUAGAACCACUCUUUUCGGGUCCAUUCUCAUGAGUAUGAAAGGGAUGAGGACACAAUAUUUUUCUUGAGCUCCUUUUAUGUGAUUUUAUACCCUAAGCAGUCAUGGAUAAGGAGGAUUAGGAAAUGAACGUUCGCCGGUAUGAUCAGUCGACCAUGAUCAUGACAAGUCAUGAUAGCGGGCCCUCCUGGAUGGACUUCACCAUGUCCCAUUUAGACCUCUGUUAACCACUGCCAUACUUGCCAAGUUUCCUAGGGACUUCAUCUGUCCUGUGCGGCCUCGACUGAAAUGUUUAUCUUUUUUCAUGUGUGGAGGGGUUGCUUAGGCCAUUUUGCCUGCAUUGGAGUGGUUGGAUCGGCUUUGUUAGUGGCUUAAUUAUGGAGACAUUUGAUUAUCAGUAACCAGGAAACUCAGGAACUAGUCUUUGUCUGUUUCCCAGCGAUCUGCACUCCUUCCUCACUUAGGUUUAUCUUCCAAAGAUUUGAGAAGCCUGUGAUCAACAGCAGGAUUUUACAACUUCUAGAGUGGAGCUUUAGGAAGAUACACUGCUAGCAUCAAAGAUGAGCGGAACCCGGGAGACCUGGCCUUCACAGUUGGGGAAAAUGACAUGUAGAGGGGUAGAGCCAUCUGCCUGAUAUCACAUAGUGACAGGGCAGUGAUGUGAAUUUAUAAUAUAAAUCAAGACCCUUCUAAGGGUGAAGGGGACUCUCUAAUACUUAGGUUGGGAUGGCAGGGGUGGUGUUCCUCUGGAGGAAAACGGGCUCCGGAUUCCUUUCCCAUCUGCGGGGAGGGUGCGGGAGCAGGUGGCAGCUUUAUCGAGAUGUAAUCCACAUGCAAUACGGUGCACCCAGUUAGAGCCUACAGCUCUAUGGUUUAGUAAAUUCAGAAUCAGCCCAUUCAAUUUUAGGACAUUUUCCUUACCCCCAAAAGGAACCCCGUUCCUUUUAGCAGUCACCCUCCCACUUACCCCCCAACUCCCCUAUCCUGUGCGACCACGAAUCUACUUUCCAUAGAGAUUUACCCGUUCCGGACAUCUCACGGAUGUGGGAUUACAGUGGCCUUUUGUUUCUGGCUUUUUUUUUUUUUUUAAACUAGCAUAAUGUUUCCUAGGGUCAUCCAUGUUAAACAUGUAUUCACACAUCCGUCCUUUCCAUAACUGUAGAAUUGCAUUCUCUGGCUACAUGUACCACAUUCUGUUGAUCCGAUCGUUAGCUGAUUAAUACAUGGGUUACUACUUUUUGGCCAUUGUGAAUCAUGCUGCUAUGAACACAUUUGUACAGGUUUUUGCGUACAGAAUAUGUUUUCAUUUCGUUUGGGUGCAUCCCUACGUGUGGCAUCUCUGGGUCCUUACAGAAUAAACAUAAAGUCUAUGUUUAA